CGGGUUUCCGCCCAUUCCUCCACAGUUGAUUCUUUGGGAUAGUAUUGUCAUGCAAAUAAAGGACGCGUAAAAUAUUCCCCCAGAGCGCAGCGCAGGGCAGAGUCUCACACGGACCGCGCGGAGGACACAGACCGGGCCACACGGUGGAUUUGUAUCGUUUUCGUCGCCACGGACCCGUCCAUCUGUCACAGACAUCCUGGCCACAUGAGCAGCGACAUAUAGCCAGGACGUGUAGCCAGGAACCAGGUCGGAUCGUUCAAGGAAAAACCUGCGGAGGCUGCCCUGUGGAGAUAUACAUCCACUUUCCCCCAGUGAAGUCGAAGGGUGUCUCUCUUCUCCAUCCCCUGCUAUAGGCUACCUGCUGCUGCUACAAAGGGGGAACUACAUCUAGAGACCCCUGGAUCGCUUGAGAGCACAUCCCUUUUUAUGUUUUAGGGAUUUAGGAUCUUUUAAAUAUUAACAUUUUUGCACACCACGUGUGUUAUCUCCGCUCUUGUCCUUUUUGGGAUAUAUACAGUGCUCCCCCCCCCUUUUUAGUACUUUAAAGUGCCUUAUUAACUGGUUAUAAUCCAGUGUAACUGUGGCAUUGUCACCAGACCAGAGACGCUCAACAGGGAGAAGACGAUUAUUAUCAGCUUUAGAGCCCAGGCAGGAUUACUGGUUCCCCACCCUCCAGCGAGCUGCAACCAUGAGCCAGGCGGAUGUGUCGACUUGCUCCGCGCCGCAGAGGGUUUUCCAGGAGGCGGUGAAGAAGGGCAACACCAAGGAGCUGCACUCGUUGCUGCAGAACAUGACAAACUGCGAGUUCAACGUCAACUCCUUCGGGCCAGAAGGACAGACGGCCCUCCACCAGUCUGUCAUUGAUGGAAACCUGGAGCUGGUAAAACUGCUGGUGAAGUUUGGUGCAGAUAUCCGGCUGGCCAACAGGGAAGGGUGGAGCGCUUUACACAUCGCCGCCUUCGGGGGCCACCAAGACAUUGUUUUAUACCUCAUCACCAAGGCCAAGUACUCCUCUGGCGCCCGGUGAUCUGUCUCUGCUGUCAGGUAAAAUAAGAAAAAAAAUAACAAAUAACAAAACAACAAGUGGAAAAUAAAACUGCAACACACGGGAAAGCCGGGCUCUUGUAAAAGCAAAAAAACAAAAAACAAACAAAAAAACUGCCAUUACCUACAUAGUUGUGCCAAAUUAUAUAGAAAAGGAAAUUAAAAAAAAAUAGGCCUGCACAAUAAUCUUCCCUCAUUCUAAACCAAACGGGGCCCUCUGUGCACUCCUGAGUGAAGCACCGCAUGGUUCAUACACAAGCGCUUCAACACGAAUCUUUAACAAAAGAAACGCCAUUUCGGUGAGUUUGUUGGUACUAAAGCUUUCCUCUUGAAUGUGUAUGCUAGAUCUUGUCGUCCACUAUAAAAGAAGCCAGUGUCUCACAUGUGUGUAUGUGUAUGUGUGUGUGUUUGGACCUCAGAGUGCAGAUGGCCCAGUUUUUUUUCUAUCCAUGACCUCCCAUCCCCAGUACAGUUGAAUAGUUUCUUUGUGGGUGGCAGCAGAUUUGACCUGUUGCUCCACCAUUGUUCGCUUGUAAAACCCUUUUUUAAGUUAUUUUAUAUGAAAACACGGCACUUGAUGCUAUAUGGCUGCAUGCUGGAAUAUCUGAAAGGGAAGACACAUGAACAAGAGAAGAAGGGUUGCCCUCUGUUGGCUACCAGAGGUCUAAUUUCUUUCAAAGUCAUUGAUUUUUUUAUUUUUUUUUUAUAUUUUUUUUUCUCAAAGAGCAGCAUUAUGGCUAUCCAACACGCUUUCAGAGGUGUAAUCAUUAUGUAACAACAACUGACUCCAUCAUUGUUGUGAAGUACUGUACACAAUAGCUUUACUUUUGUUUCUGUUUAAAAAGAGGAGGAGAGACAGUAGCUGAAUGCGCUCUGCAGUUUUUGCCAUGCUGGCGUCCAACUUUUUUUUUCAGGCCAGUGCGUCCACUUUGCCAGUGGUCAUUGUGUUAUUAAAAAAAAACCCCGCUGCUUUCGCUUUGUAUCAAAAAAAAAGUCGCAUUUGGAAAUCACUUUAUAAUCUCCUUUCAGUAUUUUAUUAACAUCCUGGUCAUCACUGUGAAAGCAGGCUGGGUUUUUUUAAUUUUUCUUUUUUUUUUUAUUUAUGAAGGUACAUUGAGAAGAUGCAUUUUUUUUAAAAUAUGUUGUGGUUCUUCUUUUAAAAAAAAAAAAUCUGUAAGUGUAAGAAUAUCUAGGGGUGACUCAAGCUGCUUCAGACUCGUAGUAUAAACUGUCCCGUGUGGAGAUAGAUCUGCCACCUACCAACCCCCCCCGAAUCCCCUCUGUUAUAGCCUGUUGACUCUGAAGAGGACUCCCCCCCUCCUCCUCCCUCCUCUCCCCCUCCCAUUAAAAGGACUUUGUUUGGUUGCCUUUUGCCAGCUACCUCGACUAUAAAGUAUUCUCAAGUUGUUCAACUCUCUCACCACUCUGCCACGUUGUGUUUGCAGUCUGAGGAGAUUCACAAUUUGUCUGUGAUCAUCCGCAUGCCAGUAUGUUUUUUUUGCUUUGUAGCCUGUACCUAUAUAACAGACACGAUGGACUUAAUACAGAAGAUCCAGUGAACCAAUUUCCUGCAUCCUCAGUCGGGACAGUUUAUUCUACACUACAACCAAACCAAUUCUGACAAGCAAGGCAUCGUUUUGCCUUUUUUCUGCGAGGGAGUCUGUGGUUCUCUCUCUGUCUCUCUCUCUCUGUCUGUCUGUAUGUCCGUCUUUCUGUGUCUCUUUCUUUCUCUUACACACACUGCAAUUGUUGCAUGUUUUCCUAUAAACAUCCACUUUGCUCUCUUUCUCUCUCUCUCUCUCUUUCCGUCUUUAUCAGCCUGUAUGGUUGUUUUCUAUAUUUUUUUCAGUCAUACAAAAAAUGGAAUUUUAUCGCAUGACUUAUAAAUGCAGGGAGUUUUAUUGCACAAAAAUGCGGAGCCUUGUGCGCCCCCAGUGUCUGUACGGGGUAACUGCAGGAGCCAAGGCUUUGGAAUAGUUACUACUACUGAGCAGGACCCUAUUACUGUUGAACGAAGAAGACUUAAGAAAAAAACAACACAUGACUUUUGCAGGAUGUCACAGAAAAGGAAGAGAGAAAAAAAGAAUUUGGUUUCACAAACUUGCCUGCUGCAUUUUGAAAGUCAUGGCACCCUAACAUUUGUAUCAAUGCUGCUUGUAUGUUUCUUUUUUUUGGUUUUGUUAAUGUUGAUGUUAUUUUUUUUAAAGCCUACUGCUCAAAUGGCCAACAGUUGUAUAGAAGCUUCACAGCAGCAGGUUCACCUCAUGAGAAGCUGUUGAGAGAGAGAAAGCGUGUGUGUGUUUAAUUGAAGUGUGUGUGAUUGUGUGCUCUCAUGAGGCCCCCCACCUGUGUCACUGUGUUAAAACAGUCAUCCAGACUGACAACCUCCCAUUUUAAACCUGGAACAACCACAAGUAACUGAAGCGAUAGAUCCACUACAUCAAGGUAUAGAUUGGUAUCAGGCAACAAAUGAAAUAUGCAUCGCUUGUCUUAAACUUGAUGUUUUUUUUCUUGUUUUUUUUGUUUGAAUAUUGCACUGAUGACUGUUGUUGAAAAGUUGGCUUUUAUGUGUCAACAUUUUAAUUUUUUUUCUGAAUAGAAAAAAACAAACACAACAAAAUACUAUUGUAUAAAUAUAUGCUCCAGGUGAUAAUGUCCUAAUGUGUGUGUUACUUUGUGGAAAAAACAUGAUGUUUUUUUUAACAAAGAUGCGUGUAUCUCUGUGAUUGGGUGUAUGUAUAUAUACAGUACAUAUGGAUAUAUAUAUCGACGCUGAUGAUGAUGAUGAUGAUAUCUUGGGGCACUUUCUUUUCUGAAGUGCUGUCUUCCUGUUUUUUUUGAAAGGGGAAUAAUACAUUUGAUGGUAAGAUCAUUGUAACAUGAUUAAAAAUUGCACGGUUGUGUGGUUGUUUGGCUUACCAGGGUCAUAACAUUUAUGACGUAAGGAGCCAGCCGCCGGAUUGGUGUACAUGAGUGAGAUGAUUUUUUUAAGAAAAAAAGAAAAAAGUGCUGACUUCUUUGGACCAAGUUGAGUUUCUGGUCUUGCUUCAUUUCAAGCAAGGGGAAACAGCUGAUUUUUCAUGAGUGAUGCAGAUGUUCCAUCAUGUUUGAUUCGUUUUUGUUUGUAUUCUUUUAUUUUUGAACGUUUGUAACACUGUGAUGAUGACGUGAUGUCAUGUGGAGAUGAGUGCUGUAUUAUUUUUGUACGUUUGUGUACAAGCCAGUAAAGAAAUCAUUAAACUCAAA